AGUUGUGUUGCCGUUAGUGCGGGCGAGUUUUCCUGUCGUUUGCACUGAAAGCUUCUAGAAAUAUAUCGUCACUUCAUACAAACUCGUAUUUUGGUGCAAAUCUCCAAAGUGUAUACGAAAAAUUCUACCAUUGUUUUUGUGCGAUUUAAAAAUUCGAAUCCUUAUCUCCAAAACACAUACAUACAAGCAAUUAUUUCAUAACUGCGUUGCCCAAAAUUAGCAUAUUCAACAAAUAUUGACUCAAAAAAGCAUCAAUUUUGGAGACGAACAUUGUAAAUUGGCAGAUAUUCCCUCCACGACUAUGACCGCGACAAAAAGGUCAGCAAAGAGUAAGAGCGCAGCCAAUGUUAAAACAAAGGAUCAAGACAUCAGCAAUGCGGGCAAUGAACAAGAAAUUGAGAAAAAUCCCCAGUGCGACGGAAAUGUAGAAGCAAAGAAAAAGGACACCCUAAACCCUGCAGGAAAUUGCAAAUUCCGCGACACUUGCCAUUCUUGUGCUGGUUACAAGUUAGCCACCUUUACAAUUUAUACAAAUUUCACAAACUGGUUACAUCGGCCCGUCGAUGCCUCUGCGCUCGGAGUUUUUCGCAUGCUCUACGGUUUGGCAAUGUGCAUCGACAUCGCGGAGGAGCGUGGUGGCAGUCAAAUGGAUACGCGCUUCGGCGAGCCACGACAUUGCCAUUUUCCGCUCUUCAAUGGCAUCAGUGCGUUCCCGCUACCGGUGAUGGGUUGCAUUUAUUUGCUCAUGUGGCUUGGCGCGCUCGGCACAAUGCUGGGCUAUCGUUAUCGACUUAGCUGCCUGGCGUAUAUUGUGCCCUAUUGGUAUAUAUUUUUACUCGAUAAGCCAGCGUGGAACAACCAUAGUUAUUUAUUCGGUUUGGUUGGUACAAUACUGCUCUUUACUGCAGCCAAUCGAUACUGCUCCUUGGAUAAAUAUCUACAGCCGAAUAUGCCGGACACUGUGCCCUAUUGGAAUUACUUUCUCAUUAAAUUCCAAUUCUUCGUGCUCUAUAUGUAUGCUGGACUGAAGAAACUAACCGCUGAAUGGCUUUCGGGUUAUGCGAUGUCGAGCCUUAGCGAACAUUGGGUCUUUACACCAUUUCGCUCAUUUUUGUCGUCCGAUUUGACAGAUCUACUGAUUGUGCAUUGGUUUACAGCGAUUUUUGACUUUUCCAUUGCCUUCUUUAUGACUUGGGAAGCAACCAGAUGGCUAGCCACGCCCUUUAUGCUCAGCUUUCACUUAAUGAACUCGCGUCUAUUUGUUAUAGGUAUGUUCCCCUGGGUAUGUCUAGCCGAAGUGCCCCUCUUUUUUGGCUUUAGUUGGCCACGUAAGUUAAGUCUUAAGCGUUUACUGCAAUUAAUCAGCUUCACAGCCACUGAUAAAACUGAAGGCCAGCAUGACCCACAGAGAAAGCGACUAAAUACAACAGAAUCGAAAGAAGUGACUGAAAGUUACGCUACCUCAGGGGUUGGGACCGCAAGUACACAAUCCACAUUUAGCAAGACUUAUGACCAGAUUGCCAAAAUAGCAGCAAUAAAUUGUUUCGCUGCUAAACUGCGUACAGCGCUCGUCUUGUUCUACUGUGCUCUACAACUCUUCCUACCCUACUCUCAUUUCAUUACGAAAGGCUAUAAUAAUUGGACCGAAGGUCUUUAUGGCUAUUCGUGGAACAUGAUGGUACACACGUACGACACAGUGCUAACCUCGGUAAAACUUGUCGACAAUGCUAACGGUGAAGUUCACUACUUGGAUCCAUAUGCCUUCACGGAAUACGAUCGUUGGACCAAACAUGCCGAUAUGGCAUAUCAGUAUGCCAAGUGCAUUGAGGCGAAUAUACGCGAAGAUUAUGCGCGCAAUCCACAGACCAGUCCGCUGAGGUCGACGAAUAUUUCAAUCUACUUUGAUAUUUGGUGCUCGAUGAAUGGACGCUUUCAACAGCGCGUCUAUGAUCCGCGUGUUGAUCUCUUGAAGGCGGAGUGGUCACCAUUCAAGCACACCAGCUGGUCGUUGCCGCUGUUGAAUGAACUGAAUCACAUGCGUCCGAAAUUGAAGACGAUGACAGAUGAAGUGAUGGGAUGGAGUAAUUAUUCGGAUGUGAUUUUUGUUGCCGACUUUCCGGGACUGACCUUGGAUAACUAUAUUUCAACUGAUUUGACAAAUGUGACGCUCACUAUUUUGGCCGGUAAUGUGCGCUAUAAGAGUGACGAUGAAGAUGAAGCUUACUUUCUGACGGCGGGCAAAAGUUUUGGGCUGCAAAGUGGUGAGACGCAUCAUAUAACAACGAUUGGAUUGAAACCAUCGUCAUAUCUCUAUACAUUUAUGAACAAAACAAUGAUCGAAAAUGCAACGCCCGUCUCUGAAAAUAUCAACCAAAAACCCAAGAAGCCGCUGCUGCCACUGUGGAAUGAGUUUCGAAAUCGCGUUAAAAAUUACAAAGAAUUUCUCAAACACAUGGCCAAUUGUGUGUUGUAUUUGUUGUAUGACGUGCCAAUACCUAUGGAAGUGCGUGAACGAAACUAGACUAGCUUCCAAACAUGGAUGUCUUACACGCAACUAUUGUAAACUCAGUAUUUAACGAAAAAAUUACUAGCAUUUUAAAGUGAAAUGUUAAAAUUGUGUGAUAAAUGGAUAAUAACGUUAUUGAAUUGUAUACAGAUUUUAAAUAAAAUUUAUUAAAAAAAUAAAAAUACAUUUAAAACAUUA